GCCAAGCAGAGCAGACAAACUCUGGAGAGGAGCCGAGCUUGUUGAUCAGUGGCCACAGCACGCCUAAGGGCCAGGCAGUAAGACCUGAAAAACCAGCUGCCUGAGAUUAUUACUCCCAGCGAGGAGCAGCUCUAGAGCAACAAACCUGCUGUGACUGUCAACCCUCCACCAGUGGACUAUGCCCCCCUCAGUCAGCUGAGGGAGGGAGUUCUGCACUGCUCAGGCUCCCAUCUGGAGAAGGCUCGGACUGACAUCAAAGAGGAGACGGUUAGGUUAUUGCUGAAGAUGCAAGCCUCAACUGUCUCACCUGUGACCAACACUACAGUUCCGUCAAACACAACCAACACCACAAAGUCCAAAGAACAAGUACUCAUCCAGAGUUCUGGGGCGAUGAUCGCCAUCAUUGUCAUAGGUAUCAUAAUCAUUCUCGCCAUUCUCCUGAUCAUCCUGAAGACGUACAACAGGCGGACACAUGUAUCCAGAGUCCUGGGAGCCAGUGGUGGCUCUAAACCCCGUGCAAAGAUGUCACAAUCCACAAUUCAGAGCAGCAUGCCGCUGAGCACCAUGGGGGUCAGCUCUGUGUCGGGCAGCAUCACCAAUUCAAACCCAGCCUCAGGGAACGGCUUCCGGCUGCCCAGAGCGGAGCUGAACAGUGUGGAGGAAAACCACAUAUUGCAGUUCAGCACCACCAGUGGACCCACUGUGGUCACCAUACAUGACGCUCCAUCGUUAGGAAACACAUAGCAUGUGGUCUAGUCUCACAACAGGCAUUGACUGAUGUGUUGCCUUCGUCCAUGACCACAUACUGUGUCCUGACUGAAUCCUGUGGAAACUCAAUCUGUGACGAUAGUGUUGUCACUGUCAGUCUCCAUUAACUGAGCCACUGCUAGUGACUACAUGGAUAACAAGAUGUCCUUUUGGUGUACAAAAUAUACAGCAUGAACAAAAUGGUAUUGUAAACAGACACAACAGAUUGCAUGAAGGAUGUUGCAUGACAGAAAACUGAAACUUUCCUGUGAAGAAUUGCUUUUUGGCUACAGUGUUCAGAGUAUAGAUGCCUUAAGUUUCUUACUGUUUGUACUAUUUGCAGAUGUCCCAUCACUACUAAAUUCAAGGAAGAUAAUGUGUACCAAAGACUGUAUUGGCUUGACAACAUUUAUCUUAAGUGUGUACAUUUCUGUAUUAAAGAGGACCACAUAGGUUCAUGAGUAGAUGUAGAAUUAGUAUAAACUUCAGAGAAAACAAACACAGUAUGAAAGAAGCUAACUCAGUGUGAAAUGGAUGCCAGUAUGUUUGAGGAAAAUAUAUUGAUAUUGCAGAUUUUACAGUAGGGUGAGUAUUGUUAAAUUGGGACACCUGACAAAUUGGGGCCGUUAAGCUUUGCAAUGCAUAUCUUUUCAAGGAAUACACAAAAUGACCCAAAGGUCACAUGAAUAUGACGUCAUAUAAGUGGGGGUAACAUCACGUGCAGUGACAGUGAUUCCAAAAUCACAAUGGAAAGUGAAAUGACAGAAUAUUGAUACAAAAAUGGUUUGGUAAUGGUUAAGUUUCUAAAAAAUUUAAAAACAAAUACUCACUAUUUUAUUCCAAUACAUUUUUAAUGGGAUGUAAUUGUGUAUCAAAAUUACUAUGAAUCAAUUCUAUACUCCUUUCACCCUUUUGAAAAAUGUACAUUUUGAUGGUGUCGCAUUUGGCCAGUUGCUUACUGUCAAAAUGUGUCACUGCUAUUAGUCAUUUUGACAGGAAAAAAUGUUUUUCAGGAUCACGAAAUACAUGCUGUCUUGAGAGAAAUCAAUUUUCUAAACUGGAUCAAAUAUAAUUUCUCUUAAAUAAGUUAUCAGCUAACUUGCUGGAACUAAGUUAAGAAGAGCUAGCAUAGCUGUGCUUUAGCUAGUCUACUUAGAAAAUAUUACCACACCAAUAUAAGCUCUAGCUAGCUAUUCCUAGCUACUUUACUUGUUCUCCUAUCAUGUAUUUUGAUAGAUACUAAAUAUAUAAAUAUUUUUAAAAUAAUAAAUAAAUAACCUAAAACACUUACAACUUAAACUUAAUAUUUCACAUACGUAUCUUAAUUGUGUUGUUGUAUUUUCAUUAUUUGAAGACAUUAAAAUGUUGAAAUUAUUUAAACUCUUCAAUUUCUCUCUCUUUUUUUUUUUUACAUCAAAAUAUAAGGUGUCCCAUUUUGCCAGUAGCGCCUGUAAAAAAGUGUUCUCAGGACAUAUUGUGUUUGAGAUGGAGUAAUCGAUUCUCUGAUUACUCUUUAUUUUUUCUGUAUGUGGUAGUAAGGGGGUUCAUGUUUACAGAAUUGCAUCAAGUUGGGAGCUAGGGCAUUGGGAUGAUUCAGUCAGUUGUCCCAUUUAGUGUCAGUUAGUACUCACCCUAUUCCUUAAAUCUGGUUAACCUUGCAUUAUACUGUCUUUGUCUUCUGGUCACAGAUUCACUCAGAUUAGUUUUUAAGAAAUCUAGAAAAUGUCUGUCAGUUUUUUUAAAUGUUGUAUAACAAAGAGACCACAGAGAUAUUUUGUGAAACAUCUGGGUAUCAGCCUAACAUGCUGAUGUAAAUUCUUUUUAGUUUGACACCAAAGGAUUUUGCACUUUAUUUUUGUUGCUCCCUGUAUUUGUAUGUUUGUGGUUCUUUAAAUAAAAAGUAAUAUUUCUAA